GCCUACAGUCUGUCCAUCGGAGGCCCUUAGUGUGUCCGCCCGAGGCCCUUGGUCCGUCCGUCAGGGGCGGAGUCAGAGCGGCCAGUCCUCGGGGGCGUCCAGCCCAUCCCCAACCCCAGGCCAACAUGGCGCCCACGCUCUGCAGCCGCCACCGCCUCCUCCUCCUCCUCUUCCUCCUCCUGCCAGGAGGGAUACAGGCGGGCGGCCCGUCGUUCACGGUGGACCGGGCCCGCGGCGUCUUCCUGAGGGACGGCCUCCCCUUCCGCUACAUCUCCGGGAGCGUCCACUACGCUCGCGUCCCGCGCGCGCUCUGGCCCGACCGCCUCCGCAAGAUGCGCAUGAGCGGCCUCAACGCCGUGCAGGUCUACGUGCCCUGGAAUUACCACGAGCCGCAACCCGGGAUCUACGACUUCGCCGGCGAGCGGGACCUGGAGGCCUUCCUGGAGGCGGCGGCCGCGGAGGGGCUCCUGGUCAUCCUGAGGCCGGGACCCUACAUCUGUGCCGAGUGGGAGAUGGGGGGUCUCCCGUCCUGGUUGCUGCGCAAAUCCGACAUUGUGCUGAGGACCUCCGAUCCAGAUUUCCUGGAUGCUGUGGACACCUGGUUUCACGUCCUGCUGCCGAAAGUACUGUCGCACCUGUACCACAACGGAGGCAACAUCAUCAGUGUGCAGGUGGAGAACGAAUACGGCAGCUACUGGGCCUGUGACUUCUCGUACAUGCGUCACCUGUCGGGGCUGUUCCGGGCUGUACUGGGCGAACGCGUCCUGCUCUUCACCACGGACGGAGCCUCGGGCCUGCGCUGCGGCACCCUCCAAGGACUCUUCACCACCGUGGACUUCGGCCCAGGCGACAACAUGACGGAGGCCUUCAUCCUGCAGAAGGAGUACGAGCCCAACGGGCCGCUGGUGAACUCCGAAUACUACACUGGCUGGCUGGACUACUGGGGUGCCCCCCACUCCACCACUGACGCCACCGUCUUGGCCCGCGGGCUGGAGGCCAUGCUGACCCUGGGGGCCAGCGUCAACAUGUACAUGUUCCAUGGAGGCACCAACUUUGGCUACUGGAGCGGCGCCGACCUGAAGCAGAGCUACCUGCCCGUCACCACCAGUUACGACUACGACGCCCCGCUGAGUGAGGCCGGUGACCCCACCGACAAGCUCUUUGCCCUCCGCGAUGUCAUCGCCAAGUUCCAGCCGGUGCCCUUGGGGCCGAUGCCCCCGCCGACCCCCAAGAUGACCUUCGGGCCUGUGACCUUGACGCCCGUGGGCGCGUUGACGGACUUUUUGGACGUCCUGUGUCCUUCGGGCCCCCUCCGCGUCCCCCAGCCUCUGCCCUUCGAGGCCGUCAAGCAGGACCAGGGCUUCGUGCUGUACAGGACGCCGCUCCCCCGGAGCCUGGUUCAGCCGACUCUACUUCAGGCACCCGACGGGAGCAUCCACGACCGGGCCUACGUCCUGCUCCAAGGGGUGUACCAAGGCGCGCUGGAGCGGGACGGGGCGAGCGGCCUGCUGCUGCGGGGCGAGCGCGGAGCCGUGCUGGACGUCCUCGUGGAGAACAUGGGGCGGAUCAGCUUCGGGGCCAACGCCAGCGACUUCAAGGGCCUGACGGGCCCCCUGCUCCUCGGCGGGGCCGCGCUGAGCGACUGGCUCCUCUUCCCGCUGGACCCCGAUUCCCUCGUCCGGUCGGGGUGGCCCCCCGACGGGGCCCGGCCGCGGGACCCCCGGCCCGGGCCCGCCUUCUACGCCGCCCGUUUCCUCCUCCCGGGCCCGGCUUGGGACACCUUCCUCUACCUCCCCGGAUGGACCAAGGGGCAGGCCUGGGUGAACGGCUUCAACCUGGGCCGCUACUGGCCGGGCCGGGGCCCGCAGCGGUCGCUCUACGUGCCCGGCCCGCUGCUCCGCCGGCGCGGGCACGCCAACACCCUGACCCUGCUGGAGCUGGAGUCGCCCUCCGCCCGCCUCCGGGCCCGCUUCCGGGACCGGCCCAGGCUCGACGGGACGGCGGGGCCGCCGCGGCCCGGGACGGGGGCCGGCUGACCCGAG